UGCCUCCGAACCGGCAAAAGGCAGAGAGACAGCAUGCAGCAAACUUUCCCAUCCCUCUCGCUCCAGCCUCUGCCGGUCGCUCUGCUGCGCUGCCUCUAUAACAGGCUCCGGGUCAGCCUCUUACACCAGAUCUACUAGAGGAGCUGCUUCAGAGCAGCCAGCAGCACACCUGGAGCAGAGCUCAUCACACAACACCGACUCUGGAUCCCCUCUUUGACUUUUUAGUCUUUUGCUCGACUUUGUUGGAAAAGGAAAACUGUUGAGGCCAGAAGUGAGUGCUGUUUGGAGAUAAGGGGCAAAUAAGCAAAAAGAAAUAGGAAGACUUUGGAAUCUCAUUUCUGAGGGGAUUUUUUUCCCCUUCCUCACAUCUCACAAACUCAUUGUGUUUGAGUUGUUUUCAAGCAGGGAGGAAUCACCUGGAUUGACCUAGACGGCUUUUUGUUUGUUUGUUUGUGUUUUCCCAGCCUGGAAAAUUUUGGGGAGAGUUUCUCUCUGUUUUAGAAAAGUGAGGACAUCACUGACCAGAGUUCUUUUUUAACUGGACAGACACAGCUUUGGGAAAAGAACUUGUUCCAAAAUGUUUUGCUCAAGGAGAGUUCUACAACAGUGGUGCUUCGCUGUGUUCUUAUUGUGUUCGCCUGUGCCACACUACGGAAGACCAAUUGAUGCCUUGAGCAACAGAAUGAAACGCUCGGUGACCCACGCCCAGCUGAUGCACGACAAGAGCCGGACGCUGCAGGACUUCAAGCGCCGCAUGUGGCUCCAGACGCUGCUGGACGAGGUCCACACGGCCGAGAUCCGCGACCUGCCCGUCCGAACGGGGGUCAGCAGCGGCGCCGGUGUGGGUCUCCCGGGGGGGGUGAGCGUGAGCCUGGGCACGACCGGGGGGACCCUCCACACCAAGCCACCCGGGGCCACCAAGAACAUCCCCAUCAGCUUUCGCCUGGAGGAGGAGGAGGGGACCAACCUGCCCCAGGAGACCAACAAGUCCCAGACGUACAAGGACGGCGUGCUGAAGGCCGCCGGCAAGAAGAAGAAAAAAGGGAGGUCCGGCAAGAGGCGGGAGGGCGAGAAGAGGAAAAGGCGGGCGCGCUCGCUGGGCUGGGCGGUGGAAGACGAGCCCGGAAGCGGCUACCACCUGGAGUGGCGGCCUUUCUUCGGCCUACAGGGGGCGCUGCACUAAAACACUGUCAGUCUCUGACAAAGAAACCUAAGGACAUUUCAAAUGGACACCUAAAUACUCAUGUUGCAGUAUUCUGUAAUAGUGAUUGUUUGGAAAGUAAUAGGGAAAUAUUUAUUGUCUGUAAAUAUUCUAAACACACCAGAAUAGUGAUAAUGAUGACAAUAAAAAAUAAUGAUGAAACGUUAUUCAAUGCUCUGUGGGACAACAGAUUUUGAUCAUUGUGAAUCCAUCCUUUUUUUUGUUAGGACUAUGCCAAUUAUACAUGUCAGAUUUGCGGUAAUUUAUUUUGUUUGAAUGGUGUAUUUAUUUUGUAAAUGUACCGAGGUGCUGCUGACCUUCUAUAUUUUUGUACCAUAAUGCACUUUAGAUAUAUAAAUAUAAAUAUAUAUACAAGUAAUUUUGUUCAUUGACUUUUCUUGUGGUUGAUUGAAAUGAAGAAAAACGUUGGUCACCCCUCUGUGUUAUUUCUCCCACUCCGCCGUAUGUCCUUUGUGUCUCGUUUCUCCCCUGCUGACCCGGAUGGCCCUCGUGUCGCCCACAAACACAGUCCGUGUGACUCAACAGGGUCAUUGGCUCUUUGUACAUUUGUGCUUCAACCCCCCCCCCCCCCCCUCUGUCCCUCACCACCCCACACUGUUCGCCCGGAAUCCAUGUUCCUUUCUCAUGGCCUGCUUUUGCUUCUGAUUGACAAAAAAAGUUCACUCUGUACAUAAACUGAACACUCAACGACUCAAUAUUGUUGUUUGUCACCUGCACUGAGAGAACACCCUAUACUGAAUGGAUUAAACAUUUGAC